AUGUCCGUGCCCAUGGCAGAGGGUCGCGCGCGCCCGGCAGCCAGACGGACAGCGGUGAAAUUCUUGUGGUCGCUUUUCCCUCAUGUCGUGCUCAUCCUCUCUCUCAUCGCGUACGCCGUGCUCGGUGCUCUCGUCUUUCAGCUGAUCGAGGGGAACCCGAGAAACGACACGGAAGAUUACCGAAACUUCGUGCGCAAUGUCGUGGCGACCGUGCGCAACCACUCCGAUCAGUCUGAGGAGGUUCUUGUGGGUGCUAUAGAAGAGAAGAUCAGAACAGACUACCAAGCCGUGUGGUCACAGAGUUACACAAAGUGGACCUUUUAUGGCUCGCUCUUCUUCUGCUGCACCGUCUUCACUAGCGUGGGCUAUGGAGAGAUCUACCCAGUGACAGGGAUUGGAAGGGCAGCGUGUAUUAUCUAUGCCAUGGUGGGAAUUCCACUCAUGCUGCUAGUCAUUUCAGAUGUUGGAGACAUUCUGGCAAUGCUUGUCUCCAAUGCUUACCAAAGGUUACACACUUCCUUCAAACGCCUUCACUUUCAGCUGUGGAGUCUCCGCAGAAGUCGAGAAAGUGGCACAAUCCAAAACAGCACCUAUACUCCCUGUCAGGACAUAGCUGUGAGCAAACCACUGGACAUCCGGGAGGUGAUGCUCACCCAGUCAUCCGUUAAGAAAAAGUCCACCCAGUUUAUUAAAAAUGUUGCAAUCUUUGAAAACAUGAUUGCAAGGGAGAGAUUUGGUCAGAACGGACCUUUAACGCGCACAUGCUCUUGCCCCCAGCUUAAUCAGAUGCCACCUGUACCUUCGGGGUUUAAAAUGUGGGACUUUGGUUCUAUUGGCCAAGAAAUGGAGAGCUUGAAUGUGCCUUUCACGCUGAUCCUGCUGCUAGUCUUUGCUUAUAUACUGAGUUGGGCACUGAUCCUACCGCUGUGGGAGACAGAUCUGAGAUGGUUCGAUGCUUUCUACUUCUGCUUCAUAACACUUACAACCAUUGGUUUUGGUGACAUUGUGCCUAAGCACCCCAAGUUUUUCAUGCUGACCUUCCUCUUCAUCAUCACAGGCAUGGCCAUCAUGAGCAUGGCUUUCAAACUGGGCCAGUCACACAUCAUCAGCAGUUACCACCGCUGUAUCCGCUGCCUCAGUUGCCUUGGCGUGGGAAAGAAGCGCAAGUACAAGGUUCAGGACAAUUGAAAAGGGGCAAGAUGCUAAAAAUGUGGAGGGUUCAUGGGUAAAGUCAACAGACGUUAUUAACCAAAGAUUUCUUUAAGUUUUGUUUACUUUUUGUUCAUUUAAACGAUAUUACUGAACUUUCCACAAGCUCCACGGAAAGUUGUAGAUAGAUGUGAUAGACAGUGGAUUUAUUAUAAGUAUUCAUGAUGCAUGAGAGUUGGUUUCCAUUUCAGCUUUUUACAUUUCUCUGUAUGGAAUACUGGAGAUUGUUUAACUAUGAGAUUUGCCAAUGAGUUAAAAUAGACCAAAACAUUGCUGUAUUGUGUUUGGUCACAAGCAAUUUUUUUGGUUUUAACUUUUUUUUUUUUUUACUGUAUUACCAGUCUGUCUUAGCAUAAACAUUUUUUUCCCCAGUAAGUUCCAUAUCUUAUAACUUAGUUAUGUUGAUCUACACUUUCUAAAUCACCUCACUUUAAGAUGUGACUUCUCACAUCAAAUUGUUUAUUACAUGUUUAUUACUGUAUCAGUAAAGUUGCUGGGAUAUGGUCAGUAAGAAUUUGUUUAUAAGGAGUGCCUCAGGGGGAAAAAAACAAAAAUUCUAGUUUUAGAAUAUCUAAAUGAGCAUUCUGUGACAUAGUAAGAAAGAAGGACUCAUUUUGACUCCAGGAUUUCCCUGCUAACCCUAAAAAUAACUUCCCAGCAUCAGAGAUAUAGCAACAACAAAAGUUUGGAGUAACCAGCUUGGAUGGUGUUCAUUACAGUGCUUUAAAUUAAUGUUUAGGAUGAAAACCUUUUCAGCUCUGUUGAAGAGAAGGUAUUUAUCAACUGAUUUUUUUUUCCCAAAAAUAAAGAUUUGAUCAACUUCACCUACUGCACACUAUUGACCAUAGCGCAAAACUAACCUGUUUGAUGACUCGAAUACCUGACUUGACAUGAUGAGUCACCUAUAAAUACCAAAUACUGUUUCAAUACAAUUUAAAAUACUCAUUUUCACCAAAGCCUGUUUCUAAAAUUUUAUCACUUGUGCUGAUGGUCACAGAAGUACAGAGAAUAUAUAACAUAAUGUUCUGAAUUAUUCUUGUUCUUGUUGUGUGAUCAUGACCAACAAUGUUUUAGACCAAACACAGCCAUUGUAAAGUGCUUGAUUAUUUUAUUUAAAACGUUCAUUGUUGGGACCCUGAUAUAUUUUUUUAAACAGCAUAGUAUUUAAAAAUUGCAGGUACCAGACUACAUUGCAUGUUUUCUGACGUGGAGGUCACUUUGCAUGUGCCAAAUAAAUUAAAAUGCUUUUCAGACAUAACAGCGUGAUGAUUAGCAGUGCAAUGUACAAAGCUUGGCUUUCCGAGACUAAGUGUAUGAAUCAUGUGGUCUCAAAUGGUAUG